AUGCCAAACUGCCCACGUUGUGAGAAACCAGUCUAUUUUGGUGAGUUUUUUUCUAAGCUUGAAAAUCUCAUCGGUACAACGCGCUCCACCGAAAUAAACACGCAACGCAGACCGCGUCGCGCCACAACACACACAAAACGGGAGGGAAUUUGAAUCGUUCCCUUAUGUGUGUGUGUUGUGGCGCGGCGCGGUCUGCGUUGCGUGUUUAUUUCGGUGGAGCUCUUUCAAACUUAAAUUUAUGAAAAUUGAGCUUUUUGAAGCUGAAAAUUAUGAAAAAUGAGAUUUUUGAGCUGAAAAUCAUGAAAAUUUAUCUCAAAUUGAUGAAAAUUGACUUUCUGAAGCUGAAAUUUAUGAAAAAUGACAUUUUUUAGCUGAAAAUCAUGAAAGAAUUUGAAUCGUUCCCUUUUUUGUGUGUGUUGUGGCGCGACGCGGUCUGCGUUGCGUGUUUAUUUCGGUGGAGCGAGUGGUACCGAUGAGAUUUUCGAAACGUAUUUUUUGCAGCCGAGCGCGUUAGCUCACUUGGAAAAGAUUGGCACCGGCCGUGUUUGAAAUGUGAAAAUAAAUCGUGCGGUAAAACACUUUCAGCUGGAAGUCAUUCAGAGGUUAGUCUCUCAUUUUUUCAUUUACAAGUGAAAUAAUUGCAGCACGAAGGAAAACCGUACUGUAAUCGGUGUUAUGGCGCGCUUUUCGGACCAAAAGGAUAUGGCCACGGUGGAACUGAAUCGCACACUUUUCUCCAGGGAUCCACAUAA